UAGACCCGGGACAACGAACACAACGCCGUGAGCGAAGACGUGGAGUUGCUCAUCAUUCAAGCUUGGAGGACGACGUAGAGGGAGAUAUGUUGGGAUUCCUCUUCGGAUCGGUUGAGGCGGGACAUCGACAACUAAUUGUAGGAGAGCUUUUGAUCCUCCUGAUGCAGUUGCUGCAUGAUCUACCAAUCGACAUUAUCUCGCACUGCGACGAGAGCCCGGCGCCGCAUAUUCUUUCGCGCAGCUUGAUGUCGUACCUGCAGUGGUCGGCGUGCUUGGGGGGCAAUUGGGACAACCGUAAUUACCCGUCACACGGUGAUAACCUGAACCCCGCAGAGAUAAUCGAUAUUCUCUUUUUUUAUCGGGGCGAGACGACGUCGGAAGAGGAAGAAGACGAGGAGGAGGAAGACAAAUCGGAAGAUACCCCUGAGGAGGAUGAAUACUAUAGCGAGCAUAGUGAGCAUGAGUCGGGGGCGAUAAGCGAAGAAGAAGAAGAAGAAGAAGCGGAGGGAGCAAGUGAGGGAGAAGAGGCGGGACAAGCGGAGAUGCAAAGAGAAGACCCUGAGGAAACAGAGCGGCGGAGGGCAGAGAUAGCAUAGGGAAAGCGGCCAUUGGAGCAGUCGGUGGGAACAGAUCUGCCAAAUCCGGACGACCCGAAUCGAGAUCCG